AUGGGUGGUACCUCGAGCCAGGUGCUACCUCCUGGGGCGGUCACAUACCUGAUCAACCAUAUCUUCCUUCCACCUAAGCUCCCGCAAACGGACGACGUCAACAUGGAGUACGAAAUCCUAAUGCUAGACAUCACCAUUGAUCGCCUUUCGAAGUUCAAGGGUCACAUGCUCGAGCACAGUGUUAUCAUCGACGCGGCCAUUGCAAUGAUUACCACUUUGAGAGAUGUCCGCGACUCCCUCUCGACGGGUGCUAUUGAUGAAAAGAAGCUUAGAGGCGGCCUAGCAGAUCUGUGUAAAGAAGGUGGGACCAUUCCGCUUCAUCUUCGCGCACAGAAUUGCGGAGCCUUGAUUAGCAAAGUAGGCGAUUCUAUUCAUUUCGAAGCAUUUGAGCUGUCUCCUCUCAAUGAAGCGGUCGUCACUACGAAAGGCAGGCUUCGGCGAUCUUUUCCAGGGCGCGUCUUCUCCGUGGACCUGAAAAUCUUCGAGCAAGCUUCGUUCUUGGAAACAACGGCGCAGACGAUUUCCAAAAUGAGCCACCAAGUUGCUGCGGGAACACUCCCCAAAGUCAAGAAAGCCGGCCGAAUGCACGAUGAGGACAGGGAUACCAUUCAUCCGAAGAUGGUCACCGAGCUUUUUGCUGCGUUUCUGAGAUCUGUGGGUGAGCCUGUUGAUGUUUCCAGCCUUUGGAAGAACACCCGAGAAGAAGUUAUGUGGGAAGAUAGUUUGCGACCAUGGCGAAGAUCCCCGCUGUGGUUGCUUGUCCGGGUUGCCUUACAACUCACCUUUUCUCGAUCUCAGGUUGAGCCGGACUCCGCUGUUGACUUGUACAAGGCGUUUAUGGUGUUUCUCAUGAGUUACAUUCUUGAAAUAUCUCAACAGCACUCCGUCCUCAGCGACCUUAUCCAUGCGAUGAAUGCCAAGCUAGUCCGGCGGUUACUUAAACUUGAGUACUCCGUUGACGGACCAGUCCUCAGUUCGGUUCAAAAUGUCAUGCGGAAUGCCAACGAAAUUCUUCACAAGAGAUGGUCGAACAUCAUGGAACGAAACCGGCAAGACCAUGAGCUUCCCCGCCUAGAGCACCUGGAUUAUGGGCAUGAUAUUGACAUUGCUCUCCCCGCACUGGAUGUGUACCUCAAAUCGAUGCGUCAGCGUGCGAUCAAGAAAGUUGUACUUCCGUUUCAGCGGGCAGCGGCACUGGUCAAACAUACAGCGGAUUUGCUUCCAAUGUGGUCAUCCCCUUCAACCCACGGAUACAAUCUAUACAAUCUUAAGGCUGUCGAGGCCUGGGUAGCUGCGAACCUGAGCACGUGGUUGGAGUCUCAUAGGGGCGAGCUGAACACCUGUCGAAAAUUGGCUGAUUUAAUCCGGAAGUACCAUGGUCACGCAUGUCAAUUCUACUCGGCAAAUCCUGAGGCUACUUCUAUCAUGCUGCUCACUAUUUUCGAAUUAUGGAUCGCGUCCGACGAAUGUGCUACCCAAACUUGCGAAAUUCUUAGAGACUAUGCGCCCGGUAUUCCUAGAGAGUUACUUGAAUCUCUGGUGCUGCCGUUCAGUUCUCAGAUGGAAAGACUGCUUCGAGUAGAGCGAUAUUUAAAGUGCCGCAAUGAUACAGCAAGAUUUCCCGCCUCUCAUAUCUUCCACGACUUUGGAGGCCGAACCUCCUUUUCUGUGAGAUACUAUAACCAGUCCCCCGAGCAUCAAGAUUUGAUGGAAGAGAUCGUACAGCAAGCGACUGAAGCCAGAAACAACAAGCGCCUUGAACUUGAACAGAAGAGGGCGAGGUACGAGGACUUGAUGCACCUUCAUGACGAAGCCAAGUGUGAAUAUGACGAAGUCGUGACGGAUCGAAUCAACGAUUUUCGAGAAUACCGGCAUAGGGCCCGUUGCAAGAAGUGUUCCUAUAAAACGCAAGCUGCCGGAUUGGAUAUCAAAGUCCAUGAGUGGCCUCUUCCCGACGAUAUCCAGAAAGCACGUUCCACGGUCUUUGAGCUUAAGGUGCCGUCCUUCUUCGGUCAUUGGCGAGACGCCACUAUGUUCCUCGUUCUCGAUGUUCUCAAAAACGAAUAUAAAUCGAAGCAAAGCGCACGAAGGAAGUACCACCUGAGAACGUCCAGGGGUCUCUCAUCCUUUUACAGUACAUUCAGUUCGACGCAACGUAUUGGCCUUCUGUCGCAAACCAAACCGCAUGAAGUUACACACCGCCGUGAUAAGCCAGUCUCCACCUCAACGGUGAAAGAAGUUUGCCUUGGUAGUGGGUUAAUGUACCGAUACUAUGACAGCAGCUGCGAAUGUUUUGUUGACAACCUCCAAAUGACUGACCAAAUGGCGAAAGCCUGCAUGUACAAACUACCUGAUCAGUCGUCCGUCUUGCAAUCAUUCCUCUUUCGUCCAUCGGCCGACUCCAAUGGCCCCUCGCCCAAUACGGUCAUUGCUAUUCAGGCUGAAUGUCCCAAUUAUAUGUCACUUGAUGAAUUCAAAGCUCUCAGUGCCAUUCCACUUGGCUAUCGGCUUCAGUGGCAAAACAUCUUGCUUCAGCUCUCCGUGCCGGUAGUUGACUUCAAGACUGCCGAGACAGGAUUUGUCAUUCUUCAGUCAAUACACCAAGCUGGGCCUUCUAGCAAUGACAAUAUCCUCAGACCAGGUCAUGACAUCGUGGACGACGAGAACUUUGCAGACGCCCUCUUGAGAGCUCUCCAUGACGCACUGAACAGGGUUAAGGAGAACUGGGAAUCCUCCCAAGCUCUCAGCAUAUUCAUCUCUUUAGCCUCACGACUUUUGUCGCUAAGUUCUAGCCAGCAGAUCAAAGAUAGGUCUCUUGCUUAUCUAGGUGAUAUUCGAAGUGUUGCUCUCAAUUGGGUCAAUCUUCUGAGGGAUAAGACCCAAGGAGCCCUGAAUGACGCUCAGAGAAUGGACUUGUCUUCAAAGGCCGCUGAGAUUGCCUUGACGUGUGUGGAUUCUUUGAAUCUUGAUGAAAGAUAUCUGGAUGGUGUUCUGUCCGAUCCGGAAGUUGCAUCAAUUCUCAUUCAAUGCUCCAUUGUCAUUCAAGAAGGAGAAUUGUCCAUUUCGAAUACCUCCAAUGCUCUGAUUUCCCUACUGUACCAGCGUUGGCAGGAGAACUCGUACCGAUGCUACCCCAUUUUGGCCAGAGAAAUUUUGGAAAAGGGGUCGAAAUUUCUAGAGGACGCAAUAAAGAAGUCCUGGCCAGCAUAUCGGGCGGGAUAUGGUUGGCAACGAGUCUCAGCACAUCUGGAGUAUUGGCUUGUGAGCCAGAUGACACCUCAAGGGGACGGCGAGAGUGAUCCACUUUCGAUCCACUUCAAUCUCUUAACCAGCGAGCUGCUUGUGAACGGGGUCCCAUUGGCACGUCUACCUUCGCAAUACGAAGGUCAUCCGACAUAUCGCAGCCUAUUGGGGAAUUCUCUUGUAGAAGUAAUGCCCAGCACUGUCAAGGGGAUGCAGUUCUCUGGCAAGAAAGAGCAUGCUGGAUACACUCUUCACUUCGGCUUCACCGGUCCCAACUCUGGCAAAACGGACAACGACCUUCUAGUACAAGCCGUGCAGGGAAAUCUUCAUUACGAACUCGUGCCUUCUAGGGUUUUUCGUGGGCAUUUCCCGGUGGCUUUCGUCGACCAGUUUGUUCACUGGUAUGAUAUCAAGAACGACUGCGUGGAAUUUCGCCCGAUUGAGAAACCUUGGACCUCUCCUCAGGACACGGACAAUUGGAAAUUAAGCAAAGUCAGACCUGGUUCUAAGUGGCAGUUGCAGAAGGAUGGCAUCUGUUUGGUUGGAUUUUUAAGUGACUCUGCUGAAGUAUUAUCAGGCAUUCUCUCUCCCCUCGAGACUCCGGAACGGAUACACAUGAAGCUUCACUAUUCUGCGUCAUCUUUGGAGAUUGAGCUUCCCAAACUUCAACUGGGAUUCAGCCUUCAAUCGGGUGCGUCAUUGGUACAAUCAAGGCAAUUCCCUGGCAUGUUCAUUGACCCAGAUCAAUCCCUUGGUACUCUUGUUGGUUUCCGCAACAAGCUCAUGCUGAAACACGAGACUGACGAUCACCGUCUGAUUAUACUUCCAGAGGGAGAUGUAUCAUAUAGUAGAGACAGCGAUCAUGUCCAUGUCAGGAUCGACCAAGAAUCUGCCUUGAGGGCUCAUGCAUAUCAAAUAGACGACCAGCUUGGAAGACUGGUCGACAACGGCAGUUUGCAGAGCAAGCUAUUCUUGGCCUAUAUCCACGCCCUCACAUCCUUUUGCUUACCCGAUCCUCUCUUACAUAGAACCGGGACCGAGCAGGCACUCUCAAUCCUGAGCUCUGCUGCUGUCAGAUCCUUCGAUCGACUAGCAAAGGAGAACAUCGAAUUACUCUGUCAAAUCGCGCGGCUCACCCCUGGAAGACGCUACUAUCCAGAGAACGAGCGGGUAAUGCAAACUGUAGACUGGUCGCGAGAACUCGGCUUUCUAGCUCAACACGGGGGUUUCUACACGUGCGUUAAGUCAAUAUUCGACCAAGCGAAUAGUGCAAAGAUAUUUCACUCGGAAAUUAUGCUGCCACAGCUACACCGCGUGGAAUGGGAUUUGUUGGAGCGGGAUUGUAUUCGGUCAUCCACAUUUCGGGUUUCAAGCUUUGGGGCCGAGGAUCACACGACCAUGGAGGAUACCGAGUACUCUGCCAGGGAUCGAGAGCAAAUUUCAGCACAGGGACUGAAUGCCUUUGCAAUGUCCAGCAUCAUCUACCAAAAGCGGUCAAGUCUUCAUUCUGGUGUCCAGGAAAAUCUGGGACUUCAUCUCUGGAAUUUCCUCAAGGAAACCGCCCAGAUUCUCGGUCCAUGCCAUCCAUUACCGUCUUCGGACCUUAAAUAUGACUCCCUAUUGCUUUCUGGUUCGUCUGAGUUCAUCUCUAGACAUUGGCUCAAUCUCCAUCGGACUUUUAGCCAAGGUUCAGGCGUCGACCAAUUUCACUUGAUGAUCUGGCUUUCAACACUAGCAUAUGCGCCAAAUGCCGACUUAAACAUCAUUCAGGCACUCGCCUCCUUCUUCACCCUUCCAGCUAUGUCUCACGUGCCUCUGCCAACCUCCGAUUCCUUUCGGCUACAACGUGGGUUUGGAGUCGAAAAGCGCGAACUUCUUAGCAUUGCCGAGUCAGCUCUUCUUCCGCUAGCUGAUUCCCCCGAGGCAAAUCUUACGGCCAUUCCCAAGGAGAAGGAGUACGAUUUCAAAAAGCGUCAACAAAUUGCAUUUGAGAAGAGUCAAAGAGAUGCACUUGAUAGACGGGUGAACGUCUUGGAAGCUCAAUGGCCAUGUGAAGUUCCAGCUACACCUAUCGACCCAAACACGACCAGCUUAUUCUCCAAUCCUACGAACGACUUCAGCCUGUACAUUGACAUUAAUAAGGUUGUCCAAGAAGUGAAGCCGUUAUUUAAGGCAUGGACCGAGAACAGCCAGUUUCACAAAUAUCUCCAUCAAAUUGGAGACAUACUCACAAGCCAGAUGGUCAGCCCGUGGAAGACACGAUUGCCUUCUAUCACUACUCCAGAAUGGAGUCCUCGCAGAACGCACGGUUAUAUUUCCAUUGAUGACCUUUUUAUCCGUUCAGCUCCUAUGAUACCACCAAUUACUGCGAUGAACAUGCCAGAGCUCUUGUCUUCUGUUGCUGGUGAAAACAAGUCGAUAUCCCGUCUCUCUGCAUUGAUAGAGCGUCUCGAAACUGACGCCAGCUCUAACUACGACUUGGAGUAUGUCAGGGACCUGCGUGAAAGUUAUUCCUCGCUGCAGUACCGCAAGAAGGAAUACCUCUUACGAUGGGACGCAGCGGCCAUCAAGGAAGCUCUCACUGGCCACUUAAGCCUCUGCAAGGAACAAGUCCACAAGAUACAUGAGAACAUUAUGUCAGCGCUAAGUUCACCGAUUGAUAUCAACAACUCCUCUACACAAUUGUUUGGCUUUUCAGCAAUAGCUGUUGAUGUCGGGCAGUGGCCGAGACUCUCCCCGAUCAUUCUUCUUCAGCAGCUCACUCGCAGUCGUUGGCCGAAGAUCUCCCAAGUUUGGAAGAGCUACGUCGUUGGAUAUGGUCUCGCUCUCUCUAAUCUCCAACGAGCGGAGCGGCUCCUGCGUUUAUGUGGCAAAGAUCUUGAGCUCGUUAAAGAGUUGCAGAAUUUCGGACACACAAAUUGGCAUCCUUUCGAACAUCCGGAAGCUUUGCUGCUUGAAAUCGAGAGCGGUAUCACAAUUCGAGAUGUUCAGAUAGAGAUAGCUCGACAGAUGACGGAUCCUCCAUCUGGUCAAAAUUCUGUCAUGCAACUGAACAUGGGAGAGGGAAAGUCUUCCGUGAUCGUCCCACUCGUCGCUGCCGCUCUUGCUGAUGGCUCUCGGUUGGUCCGGGUCAUCGUGGCCAAGCCGCAGUCUAAGCAAAUGCUCGAGAUGUUGGCUUCCAAAUUGGGAGGCUUGCUGGAUAGGCGAAUCUACCACAUGCCAUUCUCUCGAGCUUUGAAGCUGGGAGAAGCAGAGGCAUAUGAGAUCGGCAACAUCUACAGAGAAUGCAUGGCAGUGGGUGGUGUCCUUCUUGUGCAGCCAGAACACAUUCUGUCAUUUAAGUUGAUGGGUCUCGAGUGUCUGAUUUCUUCCAAGGAAGCAGUCGGAAACUCUCUGUUGCGUACUCAGCACUUCUUCGACACAUCCUCCCGUGAUAUUGUGGAUGAGAGUGACGAAAACUUUAGUGUCAAGUUCGAGCUGAUCUACACAAUGGGAAUGCCGCGACCCGUUGAAUCCAGUCCUGACCGGUGGAUGUGCAUCCAGCAGGUGCUUGAGCUGGUCAAGUUCUUUCUCCCAGCUGUCAAGAAUAAGUUUCCCAAUUCUAUUGACGUCCAUGAAGCCCACCCAGGGAGUUUCCCUAGGACUCGAAUCCUCCGAGCCGAUGCAGAACAAUGCAUAUUCAGCAGCAUUGCAAAACGCAUAUGCGAGACUGGAUUGAACGGCUUCCCGAUCGCCAGACAACCAGCGUCAGUGCGACAAGCCGUUUUCAGGUACAUCACCGAGCAAAAUCUCACCACGGAGGAAAUUGACCAAGUUGAAAACCAAGGUCCUGGGGGUUUUUGGGCAAACACGACAAGCAGUACCCUGCUCCUCCUACGUGGUCUUUUUGCUGGUGGAGUCCUCGCUUUUGCAUUCAGCCAGAAGCGCUGGAAAGUCAAUUACGGACUUGACGCUACGAGGCAGCCGGGCACAAAGGUUGCUGUGCCAUACAGGGCCAAAGACAAUCCAACUCCGCGAUCAGAGUUCAGCCAUCCAGACGUUGUCAUUGUUCUGACCUCACUUAGCUACUACUACGGUGGACUGAAGAAUGACGACCUAUUCCUUGCUUUCGGCCACCUUUCGAGAUCGGACCAAGCGGAUAUCGAAUAUCAGGUGUGGGUCAAAGAUGCACCAAACUUAGAGCAAUCUUUCCAUCAUCUCGUUGGUGUGAAUCUUAAAGACCAAAUACAGUGCGAGGUUCAAGUAUUCCCCGAUCUCCGAUACUCAAAGGGUGCCAUCGACUACUUCUUAUCUCACAUUGUCUUUCCUCGAGAGAUGAAAGAGUUCCCGCAUAAAUUGUCUAGCAGCGGAUGGGACGUCGGUCAGACCAAGACCCACCCGACAACUGGAUUCAGUGGCACGAAUGACUCUCGCGUUGUUCUUCCCCUCAGUUUGCAACAUGUCGAUCUACAGGAGCAAAAGCACACCAAUGCCUUGGUUCCGAACUACCUCCUUCAGGAGGGUAAUUCGAUUGCUCUCAUGCCGCCAAGAUUUUCAUCUUCUAGCUCAGAUGCGGAUCUUUUGCUCACUGAAGUGACAAAGAUGGCAAUACCAGUAAUCAUCGAUGUAGGGGCCCAGAUCCUUGAACUGAGCAAUGAGCAGGUUGCGGGGUUGUGGUUGAAGAAGGUUGCAAAAGAUGACCAAUGGCAAGCUGUUGUCUUCUUCAAUGAUAGCGGUGAGCUUUCGGUUCUCGAUCGGAAGGGAAACAUUGAACCGUUGCAGAUAUCUUCAUUCGCAAAGAGACUCGGCGUAUGUCUCGUAUUUCUAGACGAGGCUCACACCCGAGGUACCGACUUGAAGUUACCACCAAAAUAUCGAGCAGCCGUCACUCUCGGCCCUAAUCUUACUAAAGAUAGAUUGAUCCAAGCCUGCAUGAGAAUGAGGAGACUCGACAAUGGGCACUCGGUCGUCUUCUUUGUACCACAAGAGAUCAGUAAUAAGAUUCUGGCUCGAACCUCCAAAAUCUUCCCCACCAGCAUUGACGUGUCGGAUGUUCUGAGCUGGGCUAUUUCUGAAACAUGCGUCGAUAUUCGAAGAAGCAUGCCUUUGUGGGCAGCUCAAGGCAAACGAUUCGAAGAACAGAGUAAGCUUUGGGCCGAAGCUCGGACCGAAGGUGGUUUCGCCAUGUCGAAGAACCAAGCAGAGAAGUUCCUUGAGGAGGAGUCUCGCAGUUUGGACGCCAGAUAUCGACCGAUUUCACGCACUGAUGUCGCCUCCUUCAUACAAGAAGGUCAAAGUAGGGACCUCGACCUUAUCAUUGAGCGCUGUCGACAAUUCCAUAACCUGGAAUUCAACUCUGCCACUCUUCAAGAGGAGCAGGAACGAGAACUGUCCCCAGAGAUCGAACAGGAGAGACAGGUGCAAAAGCCUGCACUUGCCACACCCGCCACGCACCGUAUUCAUCCCGAUGUGUGCAAAUUCGUAUCUGACGGUAUCCCAAACCUCCCCUCGGAAGGUUACAAGUCUGCUUUCGAAGCGCUUCGCGACACUAGCGCAGCUGCACACCUUAACGUCAAUCAAUUUCCGAAGGAUCUUCUCCUCACAGAGGACUUCUCUCGCACCGUUAAGAUCUCUGGGAAAUCUUACAUAUCCGACGCAUUUCAACGGCCUGUACAAUGGAUCCUCACGAGUACAGCUUGUGGAGACGACAACACCGUCAGAUACCUGAUGAUAGUCAGCCCGCAUGAAGCUCAACAACUCCUGCCAAAUAUCAAGACAUCGAAGAAAGUUGCGUUACACCUGUACACUCCACGACCCAACUUGAGCUUUCGUGCCUUGGAUGGAUUGGAUCUGUAUACUGUGCCAGCCCAGACACAACAACGAAUCGUACCCCGAUACCUCGUCGUGCAGCUAAAUUUGUUCUCGGGACAGCUGUACCUCAGUUCGUUCCAGGAGUAUGUUGAAGUUUGCAAGUUUUUGGGUCUCGCAUGGAACAAGACGGAGGGUGAUUAUAUUGUUGCUGCUGAUGGAUUCAUCGUGCGUGGUGGUUCAGGAACCUCGGUGUCGAUUUUCAAGGAGAGCCCAGUCAAGUUCUUGAAAGUACUCCUCACGAAGAUUCGGCGAAACUGUGAAGGGAUCGAUAAGACUCAUAUGGGAAAGAUUCUAGACGGUAGAUUGCUUCGCCCCUCCGACUUCGGAGAGGAGGAAGAUAUCUGA